AUGGUCACAUCGCAUUCGUGUGAACAGUUGGCCGAAUUAGCCAGACUGUCGAGUAGCAACAGGACUUCUCAACCGACGCCAAGGAAGUCAUCAGAAGAAGCGACGGCUGGGCGAAAGGAUCAAGCCGAGUGGUGUCGGGACCACUUGGUAAUGCGAAGUGGCGAAGGCGACCUACGACUCUCUCCUCAACGCUUCCGCACAUCCUCGGCCUGGCGAUCCUGCUCCCCGAACUCCGCACUGAUCGCCUCUGGUCUGCAGGGGCUAUGUAGAGGGCCCGGCUUGCUUCCGGCCUCCAGCUCCUCUGGUGUUAGUGCUACCGCAUCUUCAAUCGACGAAGCUGAGGUCGAGCUGGACGGAAGACUGAUCAAAGCGGUGGUCACACAAGACGGGCGGCUUUUGCCGGUGCAAAGUUUUGGUCAAAAUGUGCGACGAACCUCGGUGGCCAGACCUUCGGUGCCAGGCUCCAGGAUUCCAGGACCAUCCAUAGGAUCCGGAUCUAGAGAAACUGGUUGCCAAAAGGUCUGA